ACAUACUUUCGGGAUAUAAUCCUUUCUUUCUUCCUUCUUUCGCUCUUUCUUCCUUUCUCACCUUCUCACUUUCUCACCUUCUCGUUUUCUUCUCCCCUUCCUCCCUCCCUCCCUCCAGCUGUCUCUUCUUUGCCUUACUCCUUAUUAAUUCGCCAUCAAUACUCACACCCCUCUAACGGCUUCACACCCCUCCCUCCUUCUUCCCUCUAGGGACAGACACCAUGGCACACUAUCCACCGCCGCAAUCACAGCAGCACCAAUACCCUCCAGCUCCUCACUAUGGUGGUCAGCCCCAGCCCUACUAUCAGCCCCAGCAGCAGCAGCAUCAAUGGGGUCUGCAGCCCCAGCCCCAGCAACAGUACUUUUCCCCACAGGGACAGCCCAUGACUGGGGUCAUGCCCCCAGCCUACGAUGGCUCUGUCAAUCCAGAGACCGGUCUGCCCACAAAGUUCAACCCCAAGCCAAAGUACAACGACCUCUGGGCGCUUCUCUUGUUCCUUGUUCAAUUGGCUGCCUUUGUAGUCCUGUCCUACUUUGCCAUCAGCAGGGUCAAGGACAACAACGAUACUAGGGGUCCUGGAAACAAGCCUGCUCUCGGCUUCUUGACCCUCCCUGGUUUGAUCACUCUCUUCAUCUCCAUCGGUGUCGGCGCUGUCUUCAGUAUUCUCUACUUCUUUGUCACCCAAGCAUUCCCUCGCCAAGUCAUUAAGGUCACCUUUGCGAUGAGUAUCAUCCUCUACUUGGCAGUUGCAGUAUACUAUCUCUACCGUCAACUGUGGUUGCCCGGUAUCAUCGGAGCAAUCUUCGGCGUCAUCUACGCUACUAUGUGGUGGUUCUGGAGGAGCCGCAUUCCCUUUGCGAGUGUGAUGCUGUCAACCGUGACCUCGAUCUCCAAAGCGUACCCUGCAACAUUCGUUCUCUCAUUCCUGGGUCUCUUCCUCCAGAUCGCCUACAGUAUCUACUUUAUGACAACCAUCGCAGGAACCUUUGACCUCUACUACGACACCACCACCAACUCGAUUCCGACAAAACUUCAGGUCCUCAUCGUCUUCUGCUUCUUUUCGUUCUACUGGACAUCUCAAGUCCUCGAGAACAUUGUGCACACGACCAUCUGCGGCGUCUUUGCGACCUUUUAUUUCAUGAAGGGCUCACCUCAGGGCAUGACCAAAUCACCAACAGCAGAGUCCUUUAAGCGAGCCUGCACGACCUCGAUCGGCUCAAUCUGCUUUGGAUCACUUAUUAUCGCCAUCAUCCAGACACUCAGGGCCAUCGCAAAUAUGGCUCGCGGGGACGGCGACGGAAUCAUGCAAUUUAUCGCCUGUUUGAUCGACUGCCUCCUAGCCUGCCUACAGGGACUUGCAGAGUACGUCAAUAAGUAUGCGUUUGCGCAAGUCGCGAUCUAUGGAAAGCCGUAUAUUCGGGCAGCAAAGGAUACAUGGCACAUUUUGCAGGACCGCGGCGUGGAACAGAUCAUCAACGAUAACCUGAUUGGAAACGUCUGGGGCAUGGCUGCGAUCCUUGGGGGCGUGCUUUCUGGAUUAGCGAGUUACCUGUACCUGCGUUUCGCAGACCCGAGCUUCAACAUCAAUGGCCAAUUUACGGUAAUUAUCGUCGUCAUGGGCUUUGUGAUGGGACUCCAGAUCGUCUUCACGGUCGGCACAGUCAUCGACAGUGGUGUGGUCGCGACCUUUGUCUGUCUUGCAGAGGAUCCCGCCGCCUUGGCCAGGACCAAGCCAGAAUUAUUCGAGAGAAUCCGUGCCACUUGGCCCGCGGUAGUUCAGGGCGUCCAUUACUGAGGUCAUGUCUAGUUCUCUCCCGUUGCUUGUGUAAUCCAAAUAAAAAAAAAAUCACUUAAUCUGAG